AUUGGCUAUCAACAUGUCACUCUGUUGACGUCGGCGCGGAAGUACACAUGAGCGUGGUUGCUAUUGAUAUAUCAGUUCACUAAUAUUAAUUUCUCAGAAUACGAAAAGACAAUAUAGCUGCGAUAUAAUCAUGUAAUUUUUGAGGGUAUUAACUUGCAUGAUGGCUCAUAGUGGAGCUGAGACACCUAGCAUAGCUUACAAAGUUUUUACGUUUGAAGACCAGAAGAAAACCACACAGGAGUCACUGUCUGUGUCCAUACCCGAGGUUCUUGACCCACAAUAUGGCAUGUAUGUGUGGCCUUGUGCGGUGGUGCUGGCUCAGUAUCUGUGGACACAAAGAGAAGAGCUGAGAGACAAGGCAGUACUGGAGCUGGGUGCAGGUGUGAGUCUGCCAGGUGUGGUGGCUGCAAGAUGCGGUGCAAAGGUGACUCUGUCGGACAGCGAUAAGACUCCUCAAUGUCUGGAGAACUGCAGGCGCAGCUGUGAAGCUAAUGGCCUCCACGAUGUGGUUGUGUUGGGUCUCAGCUGGGGGGAAAUCUCGCCAGAUCUUGUCCUGCUUCCUAAGCUGGACAUCAUCCUGGGAUCAGAUGUGUUCUAUGAACCUCAAGAUUUUGAAGAUGUCCUUGUGACUGUUGCUUUUCUUCUACGAAAAAAUCCCAGUGCCCAGUUCUGGACCACGUAUCAAGAAAGAAGUGCUGACUGGUCGAUUGAAAUGUUGCUCCACAGAUGGAAACUGAACUGUGUCGAGGUUCAGCUGGACGAAUUUGAUGCUGAUAGGUCUGAGUUAGCCGGAUCAAAUCUACCAGGCAGCCACAGUGUCCAGAUGAUGAUAAUCACACUGAAGAGAGAAGAUGCUGGACUGUAGUAGACUAAAGGUUUCCCAGAGGAAUGUCCCCUGGGAAUAAAAUGCAGAGCACUGUGCCUCAUCCAAUCAGGCCAGUCUGACAUAAAAUGUAGGAAAAACUGAGACUAAUUAUUUAACUUUCAGGGUUUAUUACAAGAAUCACUACACCUCUUUAUCAAGGUGGAAGGUGGAGAGUGUAAUGUUGUAUUUGCAGAGUAAAAAUACCCUUUAUAGUCACAGGCCACAUUUUACAAGUCUACUAAAAUGUAAAGAACCCUGAAUAAAAUGUUACUGAAUGGCAGAAUCAUAUUUUAAA